AUGUACUUUGCGUCGAAGCCCCCGGAUGACCCGAGCAUCGGCUACAAGGAGGUCAAGUCGGGCUCCGGGAGAAGCCGAAAAGGGCGGAAGCACGGCCAGGACGAGUCCGAGUUUGAGAAGCGGGAGCAAAGGAGCGCCCUCCGCGGACAGCAGCUCGUCGACAAGGAGCUGCCGAACCCCACCUUCGAGCCGGUCAACCUCGAGAAUUGCACCAUGGGCGACAACAUCUUUGACAAAUCGCUCAAAAACGAGCCCUACUACCACGGCUUCAUGCUGCCAAGCACACUCGAGUGGACCCUGAAGAGGGAUGGGGACUUUAUCGUCGCCCACAUCAUCCAGCAUGUCGCUACUGAGAGGGAGCGCCCCUGCAUCUGCGUCCAAGCCGGCACGGUGCAAAAGAUCCAGCUCCGUUACUCGAAGCUUGUCGCCCACUACCUGACAUCCCGGGAGGCAUUGACCAAAGAAUCCAACUACGUGCUCAAGAACCCGGUCGCCAGGCCGCACUGGAUCCUCUGCAAGGACUUUGUGAAGCUCGUCGGGCGACUCGGCGCCGGCGCCUACGGCAAGGUGUACAAGGCCGAGACCACCGAGGGGCGCAUCGUCGCCGUCAAGUCCAUCAAUCUGGAGACGUGCAAAGACCGUGCCCGCGAGCAGUCGCAAAAGGCCGAAUUCCUGCAGGAGGCGGCUCUCCACCUGCCCCUCAAGCAUCGUCACAUCAUCGAGUUCAUCGGCUUGGCUUCGUUGGCUGAGCCGCUCUUCUUCGUCAUCGACUUUGCCCCCGGCGGCACCCUCAUCAGGUACCUUCGCAAGAACGCGGGCCGCAACGAGAAGCAGCAGCUCGUCCGUUUUGUCACCGAGGCCGCAGCUGCUUAUCGUUUCCUCGAAAAGCACAAAUACCUCCAUCGCGACAUUGCCGCCAGGAAUUGCUUGUUGGGGAAGGAUAAUACGGUGAAAGUCUCCGACUUUGGGCUGGCCGUCGUCUGCCAUGAGGAGAAGAUCGUCGAGCCGGGGCUGAAGUUGGGCAUUCGAUGGCUGGCUCCAGAGACGCUGAAAGCCAUGGAAUUCUCGAAAAAGACGGACGUGUGGGCCUUUGGCGUGAUGAUGUUCGAGAUCUUCUCCGACGGGUCCGAGCCGUACACUGGCAAGAAGGUGGCCGAGGUGCGACAGGGGCUGACGGACGGGUCGAUGCUGCGCUGCCAAGUGCCUCCGAAUACCCCACCCGACGUCAAGGAGUUGAUGCAGUCGUGCUGGACGGAGGAUCCGGCGCAGAGGCCCACGUUCAGGGUGCUGCACAAGAAGAUGAAGGCGAUCCUGGGGGAGGACCCGAAGUCGACGACAAACUCGGUGAUCGGCCAGAUUCCCGACGAGACCCCGCCCCCUCCACCGCUCUCCGACGCCGCCAAGGAGCGCGACACGCCGUGCAAUACGGCCGAAGGACGC